AUGAAGGAUGUAGAGGUUGAGGUCAAUACAACAAAUAUUAAGGUGAAUCUUGCUAUUGUUCCUACAUUGUUGUUUACUGUGGUUGGUAAGCCGAAGGAUGUGGUUUAUAGUGAAGAGGUUAGCCUUAGAAGAAUUGAAGUUGAACAUCAACGACUUAAAGCCAAGUUGAAAAAGUUUGAAGUUGUUGAUGAUUAUGAAGAAUUGAAUGAAUGGUUUGGUGAUGAUGACGAUGAAGAUCACCAAGAUGAUAGAGACGAUAAAGAUGACAAAGAUGAUAAAGAUGAUAAAGGAAAUGAUGAUGAAGAUGGUGCUGGUGGUGCUUCGAAUGUGAAAUCAUCAGAAAAGGGAGAUAUAGUAGAAAACUGGACUAGGGAGUCCAUGUUGGAAAGUUUGGAUAUGGAAAAUGAUAAGUUCAAGUUUAACAUCGAAGAAGAAAUUCCACCAACUCUUGAUCGUGAGUAUGCGUUCAAAUUCGUAAAUGAGGCAGAUAAUUUUGAUGAUGUGGUCAUUGAGGAGGGAUCAGAUUCUGACCAGGACGUUCCAUUCCAUUAUACUGGUCUAGAUGAUGAUUUUCCUACCUUUGAUGAGUUGUUUCGGUCGCAUAAUGAAGAUGAACUUCAAAGGAAAGUUUCUGAGAAGAUUGCUACCAAUGAUAUUCCAAAGACUAUUUCUAAAGAAGAUCUUCGAGAAGAAAAGAAGAGAUGGUUUAGGCAAUGCCAGAAGAAAGGAAGUUCAAACGGCCUUUAA